CUCCAGCCCCUGCACAUCUCGGUGUGAAGUGCGUUUGUGUGUCAUGUCACGCGCCGUCGAGUCUCACCGAUCGCGCGAACUGAACGACGCGCAUUGCUCACGCGCUCAGAAACAACACUCAUUUCGACAGGAUGAAGGAACGAAGGUGUGCUGGAGUCAUUCAGUGAUGACGGACACGAGGCAACUUCUCUUUCCUGUUAAUUCAAAUCAAUCGCUGAAAGGACAGGACGGUUCAAAAGGCAAAACGUGCAACAUUUAUUCGGAUAAAUGCCAAGCGAAGCGCCUCGGUAUCAUCUAACAGGUAUAAAGGAACAGGUUAUUGCUCACUGGAAUCUGAAACGUGGAUUUUAUGUUAUAAGGACCCCAUGCAUGAUCAGCUCUAAUAAAACUCUGGAUGAUUCAGUCAAAACUGUGUGCAGAGUAGUCAACUGAACUUUGUUUUGAUGGAUGGAGGACUGAUGUUUCUCUGAUUGGGAUGCCUGUAUAACUGGACUCUGGAAUGCAGGACAGAGUUUUGUGUAAUGAAAUAUGAAUGUUUCACAGACAACGUUACCCGAGGCGUCUCUAAGAUGAAGUGUUUGAACACUUUUUAAUCGGAUGCACAGGAUAAUGGCAGUGUUGGAUUUGAACUUGACGACGGUCAUUGACAGCGGAUUCAUGGAAAGCGACCGCUCCGUGCGGGUUCUGACCGGUUGCUUUCUGUCCGUUCUAAUCCUCUCCACUUUGCUCGGGAACACGCUGGUUUGUGCAGCUGUCACAAAGUUUCGCCACCUGCGCUCUAAAGUCACCAACUUUUUUGUCAUCUCGCUGGCCGUGUCAGACCUGCUGGUGGCUGUUCUGGUCAUGCCCUGGAAGGCUGUGACAGAGGUUGCCGGCUUCUGGCCCUUUGGUGCGUUUUGUGACAUUUGGGUGGCUUUCGAUAUCAUGUGCUCCACGGCGUCUAUCCUGAACCUGUGUGUUAUUAGCGUGGACCGAUACUGGGCCAUUUCCAGCCCGUUCCGCUAUGAGAGGAAGAUGACUCCUAGAGUGGCCUUUGUGAUGAUCAGCGGGGCUUGGACUCUAUCCGUGCUCAUCUCCUUCAUCCCGGUGCAGCUCAAAUGGCACAAGGCUCAGCCGAUGAGCUUCACGGAGGUCAAUGCGUCUCACAGGGCUCUGCUUACGGACAACUGUGACUCCAGCCUCAACCGAACGUACGCCAUUUCGUCCUCCCUCAUCAGCUUCUACAUUCCUGUCGCCAUCAUGAUCGUAACAUACACUCAGAUUUACCGGAUCGCCCAGAAGCAGAUCCGACGCAUCUCAGCUUUGGAAAGGGCAGCGGAGAGCGCCCAGAUCCGGCACGACAGCAUGGGCAGCGGAGCCAACAUGGAUUUGGAGAGCUCCUUCAAACUGUCGUUCAAAAGAGAGACGAAAGUCUUAAAAACGCUGUCUGUUAUAAUGGGGGUUUUCGUGUGCUGCUGGUUGCCCUUCUUCAUCUUGAACUGCAUGGUGCCGUUUUGUAAGCGCACAUCGAACAGUCUCCCCUGCAUCAGUCCAACAACGUUUGAUGUUUUUGUCUGGUUCGGAUGGGCCAAUUCGUCUCUCAACCCCAUCAUAUACGCCUUCAACGCCGACUUUCGCCGAGCUUUUGCCAUCCUUUUAGGAUGCCAGAGACUCUGUCCGGGAAGCAUUAGCAUGGAAACACCUAGUCUGAACAAGAACUGAAAAGCAAUGUCACACCAAUCCUUUGCCAAGCAAAGCAAGGGGGAAAUAGAUUUGGGAUUAAGACUCUGGGAAGAGAGCCCUCCCGCUGUGCUGGAGAGCAGGGGAAGCAGUUGCAACAUCCCAUAAGCGAAGCUAAUCUCUAUAAAAAGCUACACUUCCCAUAAAGAAUGACACAAGUGUGUUCUGUGUGUUCCCAGUGUCUUUUUCAGACAGUCAACUGAAUCCACAAGUGACUUGCAGAAGUCAGACGAGCAAUGUCUUAUUAAAAUGAAAUGUAGAUGUUUCUCUGAAUGUUUUGUGGGGGUCUUGUUUAUUUUAAAGAGGCUGUACGGUAAUAAAAUUAAAGCACAGGGCAAAUUUACUGCAAA